AUGGCCGGUCACCAGACUUCCACUGAGUCCUGGGGUAUGGGUCCUCAAUUCAAUCCUCAGUCUGUUGCUAAUCGUACCCCUAGCUUCGAAUCCCGUGAACCAAUCAGCCGUCAGGCUUGCGCUGUCAAUGAGAAGGCCGGUCACCAGACUUCCGCUGAGUCCUGUGGUACUGGUCGCGCUGUUGCACGUAUUCCUCGUGUCGGUCCUACCAUCACUCACAAGCGAGUGAUCGAGGAAUUUGGCGACGAGCACAAUUGGACCCCCCCUCCCCACCUACCAUCACUCACAAGCGAGCGAUCGAGGAAUUUGGCGAGCGUUCGAAGAAUUUGGUCGACUACGUUAACAAGCGCAUUGGCAUGCCGCAUCACCGCAACAACACCUUCAAAUAAUCGAAACAGCGUCACGCUACGUUCGAGCGGGGUGUUCCAUCUCCUCGAUUCCUACGCCUCAUCCACCUCCUCAAUCUCUUCCACAACCCCAGUGGGGCCUCCACCUGAGCCACCUGAGCUACUGGCUGCCUCUGCCCUUGCAUCCGCCCUUGCCCGCGAUACACACCGGGUCAAUAUCAUAACGAGCUGGAGUACGUACUGGAUCUUGGGGGCCCAUUGCACUCGAGAUCGUGUUGAUCGCUGA